AUGGGCCAGGUUUUCGAGCGGGUCAUGAGGCAGUAUUAUACUGACUGCUGGAUCUUGCCACUCACCCAAGCCCGCAUUUGGGAGAUUCGGGAAGCGGUGUGGAGCAGCCGGUGGUUCAGAUCUGAGCAAUUCGAACGAAUUGUACUGGAGCUUUACCAUUCGUUUCUCCGUCAAACACUCACUCAUGUCAAACCGCGACUGCCGGAUGAGCUGGUCCGUCUAAAAGACCACGCCGGCCGCUGCCAAGGACUCGAUAUGAUCAUGGGCGAGGAAUUCGUGCCGGGCAUUCGCUUUCGAGACCGCCGGCCAGGGGGCCAACGAAGACGAAGCCGCAAAGGUGAUCUAGUGGUUACCUUCAACUCGAUCUCUGUGCACAUGGCCAGUCAAGAGCACCAGCUGCAGUUCUGGGGGAUCAGCCACUUGUACGACUUACCUGAUGGCCUCUUUCUCACGCCCAUCACGUCUCACCAGAUUCGGUUACUUCGCUUUCUCAACACGCUCGACUGGCAUUGGAAUUCGCGCUCUGUGCUUGCCCCAAAAAGAAACGAAGCCAUGUCUGCCGCUCUCAGCUGGGCGAUUGGCGAGAGGAACCCCGAUGCCAUCAUCGUCUUGCUCCAGUUAUAUCACAAAUACUGCCGAGCAGGAAACUGCAAGGUGCUAAACGUCAAUUACCACCUCCAAGAGUGCGUGAAAUUGCGAGAUCCAGCGGUCUUGCACCUUGUGGGGAGUCACUUCGGCCUUCCGCCAUCGGUGGUUGAGUUCUUUCAGAGAUUUGGUGAUGCAGUGACGACGCCGUAG